ACUACCAUGACACUACAUUUCCCAUGAAUCAUCAGCGCGGAAGUAAGAAGUCAGCUGAUGUUCUUGUGCUGCUGGAAGUUGUUGCUAUAAUCUCGCGUACAUUUUAAACCUUUAUUAGUAUAUUUGCUCUUUUCAUUUGAAUUAUGUUGCGUCCUAAAGCAUUAACACAAGUACUCAGUCAAGCAAACACCAGCGGAGUACAAAGCACGCUGUUAUUGAACAAUGAAGGCUCCCUGUUGGCAUAUUCUGGAUAUGGAGACACCGAUGCAAGAGUCACUGCAGCCAUUGCCAGCAACAUAUGGGCAGCUUACGACAAAAACGGACACCAGGCCUUUAAUGAGGACAAACUGAAAUUCAUACUGAUGGAUUGUAUGGAGGGAAGGGUGGCCAUUACGCGUGUUGCUAACUUGUUGCUUUGCAUGUAUGCCAAGGAGACCGUUGGCUUUGGGAUGCUUAAAGCCAAGGCCGAGGCUUUAGUGCAGUACCUUGAGGAACCACUAACACAAGUGGCAGCGUCGUAGGAUUUACUUUGACGUGUGGAUUUGUGUACAAGAUCUUGGCCUCUAUACAAUAAUAUCUAUGGCUUUAUUUAUUUGCAUACUCAAGUUGAUUGUUGUAUCAAAUUAAGUGGUUAUUAAACCCAAAAUAAGUAUUAUUGCAUAAACAGGAAUUAAUACAUUUGAACUGCAUUUUCUUUUUUAUUUUCCUUUUUUUGUUUAUGUCUCAGGAUUUUUUUGCAGUCAGUGAUCAGGCUGUUUUAUGGAAACUUGCUUCUGCCACAGAAUAAAAACAUAAAUAAGGUAAUUGCGAUUUUGUUUUUGUUUUUUAAAUCUCAUAAUUCUGACUUUUUUCCAUGUAAUUGCGAGUUUAUAUCUCACAAUUCUAACUUGCAAUUGUGAGUUAAUAACUUGCAGUUCUGUAAAAAAAAAUGUCAGAAUUGUGAGAUAUAAGCUCACAAUUGCGAGGAAAAAAGAAUUGCCCCCCCCCUGCAAGUUAUAAAGUCUGAAUUGUGAGAUAUAAACUUGCAAUUGCAAGGGGGAAAAAAAAUUGAAUUGUGAGAUAAAAAGUCGCAAUUACCUUUUUAAAAAACAAUGUAUUCUGUGGCUAAAACAAGCUUCCAUAGUGUUGAGUGUCAGAAAUAUUAAAUAAAUCUAUUUUUUUUGCUA